GGGAAAUCUCUAAUAUUUGACUCUUAAUCUUCACAGUCCACAAGUAUUUUUCUCGGAAAGUUCAUCGAAACCCCACUGAUACGUUUGGGGUCUAUAUGAUUCGAACAAAAAUUGCACACUGGAUUUGCGACGCUAGAAAAUAGAUGAAGACAAUUCUCUUAAUAUUUGUCGUGCUAGAAAAAACAACUUAGAUUUCAUUUAAGUACUUCGGAGUGAGUUCUAUGAAGAUGAAGUUGGCAUUGUAGGCUCUCUGUUCGUGGUGGGUGAAUGGCUGAAACCUUGCUCUCUUACUUGAGAAAGAAUCCAAUGGCCAUGCUCAGCAAAAUUCUGAGAUGGCUGAAGAAACCAAAGGUAUGGAGAAUUGUAUCUCUUGCUUCAUCUGUUGUUGGACUGCUCUGUUAUGCGCUCAGUUCCUCUUUCAAACAUUUGCUGGGAAACUGGAGCUGGUGGAAGAUGCUUCUUUAUAUUGUUUUCAGUUUUAUCAUUUGUUUAGCCGUCUUGUUCACACCGGCAAGGUCAAGUUCCAUCUCUUUCCGGCUGGAAUCUCAUUUGGCAUUUCUGGUUCUUAUAACCACGUCUGUUUGUUCCUUCUUGUUUGAUAAAAUGGUGAAGGGUAAACCAGAUGCAUACAGCGUCAUCUCUUGGGCUGCUUUUGCAACCAUGUCGCCUGGCUUGUCAAAUCUCACUCAAUUUGGAUUCCAGAUCGAUCUACUAUAUUUCUUCUGCGGAGGUCUAACCGUACAACUCAUGAAGAUCAAAUUGUGGUUAGUCACAGUUGGAGGGGGUUUCAGUUAUUUCCUCCUCCAACUUCGUCACCAUCCGAGCGACACAGACGGAGAGAACCUUCGGCUCCAGGACCAAAAUCAAGUAAUCAUUCAAGUUAAUGAUUCAGGGAUUGCUUUACUCACUCAAAGCAAUUCACCUUCACAAGAUGGAAGCGUUGAUGAUGGUUUUAUCAUAGGACAACAGCUCAUAAAUUGUAUAGAGGAGCUUGAGAAGGAGAAUGAGAUGCUUGUUCCCAUGUUUUGUAGACACAUAGAGAAAUACCUUACAAAGGUAUUAAUUGACCCUGAAGGAGUACCGAAUCCUGACGUCAACUUGGUGAUGGAUGCACUUCCAUCGGAAACUAUGAGGCGCCUUAAGGAAAUCCUGAAGCUGGUGGUGGAUGCAGGUUUCAUGGACGAAUGCAUCGACAUUUACAGCAAAUCGCGAAAAGGGUUUGUAGAACAUUGUCAGCGGAAACUUUGGUUGCAAAUUACAGCAGAAAUAGAUUAUGUGAACAUUAUAAACUGGUUAGACACGUGCAAGGUAGCUGAGAAGAUACUGUUUCCCAUUGAAAGGAGACUCUGCGAUUACCUCUUUUCAGGGUUCUCUGUCGCUGCGGAUGUCUCCUUCGACAAGGUUUGCGAGGAACUGACGAUUGGUCUACUGAGGUUGGCCAAUACCACCAUAGCAAACGGGAGCUAUUUGUCAGAUCUUUUGCUCGACUUCUUCCCUAAGAUGUCGAAGUCAUUGGGCGAGCUGGUCCUGAAGUUCACUUCAGAGACGUCGUUAGUGGAUGAUAUUCAUGACGUUCGACAAAGAUUAGCUAUGAUAAACAACUUUAUGCUUAUUUACACUAAUAAUGUGCAGGCACCUUUUACCGACGGAGGGAUUCAUAUAUUUACUAUGGAAGCAAUGGACUACAUCCAUUCGAUAACAAAGCAGAGAGCUGACCGAUCUGAUAGCGUCAGAAAUUUUUUAUUUUGGGUGAUGAUAGGAAGGAUGAUUGAGUUGUUAGAGAGCGAGUUGGUAGCCAAGUCCGAAAACUACUACCCAGACCCCGCAUUGGGCCAUGUUUUUUUGAUCAAUAAUCUCAGCUACAUAGAACAAAAGACGCGUGAUUUGAAAUUGAACAACGAUUGGUUUCGACAAAACGCAGCAAAGGUGGAACAAUACUGCAACGUGCAACGAAGAAGGAUGUCACAACAAGCCAAUGCUGAUGUUGAUAGUACUCUUGGUACCUCACCAGAAGAUGGGGAUUUUAGAUUUCGAGGCCAUUUACUCACUCAAAGUAGUUCACAUUCACAAGAUGAUGUUCUUAUCAUCCAACAACUCAUGAAUUGUGUAAAGGAGCUUGAGAAAGAGAAUCUGAUGCUUGUUCGCAUAGUUUGUAGUCACGUGGACAAAUACCUUAAAACCGUGUUUGAUUCCAAAGAAGUACCGGAUCCCGAUAUUAACUUGGUGCUGGAUUCACAUCCACCGGAAAGUAUGAGGCGCCUUAAGGAAAGCGUGAAGCUGAUGGUGAAUGCCGGUUUCAUGGAGGAAUGCAGCGACAUUUACGGCAAAUGGCGAAGGGAGUUUCUAGAACAGUGUCUGCUGGCACUUGGGUUGCAAUUUCAAACGCCCAACAAUAAGGACGUUGAGAAGUGGUUAACAACGUGCAUGGCAGCUGUGAAUAUACUGUUUCCCAAUGAAAAGAGACUCUGCAGUUACAUCUUUUCAGGGAUAUAUGACGCUGCGGUUGUCUCCUUCUUCGAUAAGGUAUUGUUUCCUAAGGAAAAUAGACUCUGCUCUUACCUCUUUUCAGAUUUCUUUGUCACUGUAUAUGUCUACUUCGAGAAGGUUUGCAUGGAACUGACGAUUAGUCUACUGAGUUUUGCCGAUACCACCAUAACAACGGGCAGCUAUUCCCGGAAUCUUUUGUUCAACAUCGUCCCCAAAAUGUCGGAGUCAUUGGACGAACUGCUACUGGAGUUCACCUCACAUAUCUUUUUCCACAAACCGUCAUUCUUACGUGAUCUUGAAGACAUUAAACAAAUACUGGAUAUGCUAAACAGGUUUAGGGAUAUUAUUUACCCUGAUAAUGCGUCGGCACCUGUUACCGACGGUGGGCUUCAUCUGAUUAUUGCGGAAGCAAUGAACUACAUCCAUACAAUUUGUAAAGGUAAGAUAAGACAGAGGGCUGACCAAACUUUCGGAAAUUCUUCAUUUUGGGUGGUGAUAGGAAGGAUGAUUGAAUUGUUAGAGAGCGAGUUGGAAGCCAAGUCUAAAGACUACUACGCUGACACCGCAUUGGGCUAUGUUUUUAUGAUGAAUACUCUCAAUUACAUAGAACAAAAGAUGCAUGAUUUGAAAUUGGACGAUGAUUGGUUUCGACAAAACACAGCAAAGGUGGAAUAAAACUGCAACCUCUAUCUAACAAGUUCCUGGGAUAAGGUGGUGGAAUUUUUGAAGGUUGAGACAAAUGACUCCGCGGAAGCUGAUGUGGUAGCGGAGUUAAUGAAAAGGAAACUGCAUUUGUUCAACAUGUACUUUGAGGAGACAUGCACAAUUCAAUCUACAUGGACCGUCUCUAAUAAGCGACUGAAGGAACGAAUAAUAAAAUCCAUAGAGGAUUUUUUGUUGCCACAAUAUGGAAAAUUUUGUGACAGGUUUCGAGUUGUUUUUGGUAAUCAGGCUUAUCAUUAUAUUAAGUUUGGAUUUCUAGACAUUCAAAAUUCUCUCAGCCAUUUGUUUCUUCUUGACGAGGAGAUCAAUACGGAAGACAAGAAAAACAUAUGAAGUUUGCAAAUAUUUACAAUACAAAAUUUCAUU